AUGGUUCAUAAAAGAGAACACUGCCUUCUUAUGCUCUUUAUGUUCGCCACUUGUUUUUUGCCAUCAUUAGGUGACAACGCUCAAGUUUUGUUGAACUUCAGAAGCUCCUUGUCCAAUGCUGAUGCUUUAAACAACUGGGGGAACGAGGCUAUCAAUUUGUGUAGCUGGACUGGUAUAUUAUGUGUCAAUCUCACAUUUCAUGGUUUGAGACUAGAAAAUAUGGGACUAAGUGGAACAAUUAACGUAGAUGCGCUGCUUGAAUUGUCUACUUUGAACACCUUUAGUGUUAUUAACAAUAGCUUUGAGGGUCCAAUGCCUGCAUUCAACAAGCUAGUGAAGUUAAGGGCAUUGUUUCUGACCAAUAACAAAUUCUCUGGUGAAAUUCCGAAUGGUGCUUUUGAAGGCAUGAAACGCCUCAAGAGAGUAUUCUUGGCAGAAAAUGGGUUCACGGGUCCUAUUCCUAUAUCUCUUGCUAUAUUGCCUAAACUUGUGGAUGUGGAUUUGCAUGGAAAUAGUUUUGAUGGUAACAUACCAGAAUUUCAUCGGAGUGAUUUCAGAGUGUUCAAUUUAUCAAACAACCGAUUGGAGGGUCCAAUACCAGAAAGCUUGAGCAACAAAGAUCCAAGCUCAUUUGUUGGCAAUCAAGGUCUAUGUGGAAAACCUCUAAGCCCUUGCCCCAGUAUCACCCCCUCACCCUCAGGUCAACGGCCGAAUUUGACUCAUACAAACCAAGACGAAGAGCACAAGAAAAAGCGCCUCCUUUUAACCGCUAUCGUAGUGGUGGGUGUGAUUGUCAUGGCUUCAGUAGUAGCACUUCUGUUCAUCCGUUACCGUCGAAGGAAAAGUGGACAACCAGUGUCGGUGGUGGAGGAAGCACAGCCCCAGAACACAAACUCAGUCUCUAGUGGGUCGAAAUCCAUGGUUCUUGCCUCAAGUGAAUCGAAGAAGAGUGAGGAUGGAAGCUUGAACUUUGUUAGGAAGGAGAGGGAGGUGUUUGAUUUGCAAGAUUUGCUUAGGGCCUCAGCUGAGGUUUUGGGGAGUGGUAGUUUUGGAUCCACGUACAAGGCUAUGGUAUUGAGUGGACCAGUUGUGGUGGUGAAGAGAUUCAAGAACAUGAACAAUGUUGGGAAAAGAGACUUUUUUGAGCAUAUGAAAAGGCUUGGGAGGUUGACACACCCUAAUCUACUCCCUCUUGUUGCAUUCUACUAUGGAAAACAAGAGAAACUUUUGGUUAAUGACUUCGCUGAAAAUGGCAGCUUGGCUUGUCAUCUUCAUGGUAUGGUAUACUGUGAGCUGGAUUGGGGAACUCGAUUGAAGAUCAUAAAAGGAGUGGGAAGGGGGUUAGCUUACCUAUACAAAGAGUUCCCCGACAAAGACUUACCACACGGCCAUCUUAAAUCAUCGAAUGUAGUGCUGGACAAUUCAUUUGAACCUCGUUUGGCAGAGUAUGGACUCGUGGCAGUGGUGGACAAGAGUCACGCUCAGCAAUUCAUGGUAGCUUAUAAGUCUCCAGAGGUGAGCCAGAACGAGAGACCCAGUGAGAAGAGUGACGUUUGGUGUUUGGGGAUACUAAUAUUGGAGCUUUUGACGGGAAAGUUUCCUGCGAAUUAUUUAAGGCAUGGGAAGGGAGCGAGUGAGGAUUUGGGUGAAUGGGUGAAGUCAAUUGCGAGGGAAGGGUGGAGCGGUGAGGUGUUUGAUAAAGAUAUUAUGGGGAGAAGGAGUGGGGAGGGUGAGAUGUUGAAGUUGUUGAGAAUUGGAAUGGCUUGCUGUGAAUGGGAUUUGGAGAACAGGUUGGGUUGGAAGGAGGCAGUGGCAAAGAUUGAAGAGUUGAAAGAAAGAGACAGUGUUGAUGAUGGAAGUGAGGGGAUUGAUCAUCUCUACUCAUCUACAAGUAUCAGUCAGGAUGACACUCUGUCUUUUGUUAGAUGA